AUGCCUCGUCAACGUCGCGGUGCCGCUCCGGCCCCUACUCCCGCCCGCAGCGCCCCUACCAGACCGACCGCCGCGCCCGCCCGCCCGGCCGCUGCGCCGCAGUCGCACCAGCAGCAGCAGCCUCACUCGACCGCCGCCCACCCGCAGCAGCAGCAGGCCUACCCUCACCCUCCUCCGCAGGCGGCUCCCGUGCAGCAGAGCGCCGGCCCCGGACUGUUCGGCCAGAUGGCGUCGACCGCCGCUGGUGUCGCCGUCGGUUCGUCUAUCGGCCACGCCAUCGGCGGCCUCUUCAGCGGUGGCGGCUCCAGCGCCCCAGCCGAGUCCCAGCAGGCGCCGCCCCCGGCCCAGGCCCAGCCCAUGGACGCCGGGCUCUGGCAGAGCAGCGCCACCAACAGCUCCUGGGAGAACCCGGCCUGCGAGACGGAUGUGCGCAACUUCCGCAAGUGCAUGGACGAGAACCAGGGCAACAUGAGCAUCUGCGGAUGGUAUCUGGACCAGCUGAAAGCUUGCCAGGCGGCGGCUAAGCCUUACUAG